CCCUUUCCCUUCAGACAGAAACAGCAGCAGGUAAGAUUAAGGAGGGCAUCACCAGGGCUGCAGGACAAGAUGCCUCUCAUGCCUGGGACAGUGGGGUAAGAUGUACUCUUUGCAUGAAGGAUGGUGACCAAAACAAUUCAGAAGUGAAACAGAAUUAAGGCUGUAAGCUGAGUUACAUCUACAUCAGUUUUGCAUACUGCAUGUUCUGCUUUUUUGCAAACACCUUUGUUUGCGGUGCUCCUGUUCCAGCCCUCUUGCACCUUCUCCUUUCCAGUAGUAGUAGUAAAGGUAAAGGUACCCCUGACCAUUAGGUCCAGUCGUGACCGACUCUGGCAUUGCAGUGCUCAUCUUGCUUUAUUGGCCGAGGGAGCCGGCGUACAGCUUCCGGGUCAUGUGGCCAGCAUGACUAAGCCGCUUCUGGCGAACCAGAGCAGCUCACAGAAACGCCGUUUACCUUCCUGUUGGAGCGGUACCUAUUUAUCUACUUGCAAUUGACGUGCUUUCGAACUGCUAGGUGGGCAGGAGCAGGGACCAAACAGCAGGAGCUCACCCCAUCACGGGGAUUCGAACCACCAACCUUCUGAUUGGCAAGUCCUGUGGUUUAACCCACAACGCCACCCGCGUCCCAGUAGUAGUAGUAGUAGUUUAUUAUUUAUACCCUGCCCAUAUGGCUGGGUUUCCCCAGCUACUCUGGGCAGCUUCCAACAAAAUAGUCAAAAUAUAAUAAACCCUGCCCCCCUUUCUGACCUUACUGUACAGCCUUCUCCUCUUCAUCCCUCUUCCUGUGUUUCAGCACCAAAAAUAUUGCAGCAACAGAUGAGAAAGGCUGGCAGCUUUAAGGCUGUAGGGAGGCAAUAAAGAGUUCUAUGCUUGGUCCGCCAGAAGGUUCGUCAAGUUCUGCAACCUGCCACAUGACGAAUCUCGCAAGCUCAGCUAAUACAGCCAACAGCUUUCUGUUCUUUUGUUCCUGACAACUGGUAUUCAAAAGCAUCUUGUCUGCUGCAGAGGUUCCAAAUGGCUUUGCGGGUUCGCUCAUCCUCUCUGAAUUUGCCUGAAUCUAUCAAGGAAAGAACAAAUACCAUAGUGGUUGUCACCACACUGGCUGUGGCAAACUGUGGGGUGGCCCCAGCCUGCUGGUUGAGCAUCUGCUUGGCAUGCAGAAGGCCCCAGGGUCAACCCCCAACAUCUCAAGGGAGGGCUGGCAAAGAUUCCCUGCCCGCAGCCACAGGGAGCCAUCACCAGUCUGAGCAAACACUCCUGGGCUGGGUGGCAACUUCCUGUGUAAUUUCAUACAUUCGUUGCGCCUUGUGGUUGCGGUGCCGAGGAACUGGGAUGUCGGCGGUUCUCUGGAUCGUAGGGAAGAGAUGGGAGUCUGCAUCUGGAAGUUCCAGCAGGCGCCUGCUUUUGUUCCUGUAUAUUUUGGACAGAUGGAUCCAAUCUGGCGAGGCUGGGGGCUGGCCGUCUUGCAGCAGCAGCGGGGCUCCUUUUUGCAAGGCUGCACAUCUUCAUGGGGUAGGCAGCAGCGAUGGGCGAAUCCUAGAGGCCCAGGACGUUGGCAGGAGUGGCCUCCAUGCAGAGUCCUGGACUUCCUUCAGCUCCAAGGCCCCCUGGGUGCCCCAAAAUGUCAAAGUGGGGCUGGGCAGCAGCGGUAGCCGCUGGAGCAGCAGUUGUAUUCGUUCUGCUGCCCGCAGCUCCUUGGAUUAUGCAAGAUGUGGAGGCAGAGCAGCCCAAUCUGUUGUGGCUUCUGCUACUUGGCAACCCGACAAAGGCUUGACCAGAAGGAGGCGCUAUGCAAUCAACCCUCUAGGCUACAAAUGGGACCACGUGAAUCUGACCUACAAGAUUGUACAGUUCCCCAGCACCCUCAACAAGGUGGACACCGAGCGAGCCAUAGCAAGUGCCUUUCGCAUGUGGAGCGAUGUUUCUCCCCUCAGCUUCAGGCGCUUGGCCCCUACCCAGCUGGCAGACAUCACUAUAGGUUUCUACACGUUCAACCACACCGACUGCUGGUUCUCCCCGCUGCACCCUUGCUUCGAUGGGCUCAAUGGGGAGCUGGCCCAUGCCUUCCUCCCUCCCCGCGGCGAGAUCCACUUUGACAAUCAUGAAUUUUGGAUUCUGGGACGCUCCCGCUUCAGCUGGAAGCAAGGCGUCUGGCUGAAUGACCUGGUGCAAGUAGCAGCUCACGAGAUUGGCCAUGCCCUGGGGCUCUGGCACUCCCGGGACGCCCGCGCCCUCAUGCACCCGAACGCCACCUACAGUAGGACAUGGCGCAUUGGCCAGGACGACGUCUGGGCCAUACAGCGGCUGUACGGCUGUGUGGAUGAGAAGAGGCAGUGCCAGCUGUGGGCCAAAAAAGGCUUCUGCACCCACCGACGGCGAGACUUCAUGAAGAAGCACUGCCCCAGGAUCUGUAAUGCCUGCUUUGAGCACCCCACAGCCACCACCGCCUCCUCCCUGCCUGUUCGGCCAUCGCACGUUCACACCAGAUACAUUUCCAAGGGCAAAGUCAUCACCUUCCGCUGUGGACUGAACUCUUCCAGGUUGCACUUGCAAGCCAGCUGGUAUAAAGAUGGGGAGCCUCUAUCUCACUCGCUGCCAGGCUUCGAAUUGCUGCCCAGCCAGGAUCUGCGAGUCGUCGCCACUGAGUUCAGCGAAGGGAGGUAUGCCUGUUUGAUCCGCCACGGCAGCAGGACUCUCCGGGUUAAUUCCUGGCAGAUAAAGCUCAAGCCCAGAAGUCCUUUGCCUCCCAUGAUGGGCGCCCAGGGGAGAGCAUGAACAGGAGCAGCAUUGUGUGAGGUGUGUUUAUAGCCCUAGCUGGCUUGGCACUACCCACAUGGACCUGGCAUGCCAUCAGUCAGUCAGCCACUGCAGGCUCUGGUCUGGACUCACCUGCUCUGUUGCCAGAUAUCUUGAUUCGGGAGGUCCUGUGGGGAGUAACAUGUCCAGAUUUUGGUACAGAACCUGGAUGAUGUGUUAUUAGUCUUCUGAACCCACUGGGUUUUCACCUAAUCACACCCAGAGGCAAUAAGUUGAAUGUGUGUUGCCCCACUAAUUUGGGGACAGGGUUAGAGUCACCUCAAUACUGAACCUGGGGCCUUCUGCAUGCAGAGCAGAUUCUCUACUACAGUGGUACCUCUGGAUGCGAACAGGAUCCAUUCCGGAGCCCCGUUCGCAUCCUGAAGUGAACGCAACCUGCGUCUGCGCAUCUGCGCAUGCACGGGUCAUGAUUCGCUGCUUCCACGCAUGUGCGUGACAUCAUUUUGAGCGUCUGCGUGAGUGGCGAAACCCGGAAGUAACGUGCUCUGUUACAUCUGGGUCGCCAUGGAGCGCAAGCUGAAAAGGCUUAACCUGAAGCGACUUCAACCUGAGGUAUGACUGUACUGAGUCUCACAACUCUUGCCACUUAAAGAAAAACCUGUUGAAGCCAACAUUAUUCCAAGACCUGCAGCAGAGGUGGGGAGCUUGUGGUCUGCCUGAUGCUGUUGGGCUCCAAUUCCCAUCUUCCCCAACCAGCUUGCCUAAUGGUCAGGGAGGAUGGGAAUUGGGAGUCCAACAACAUAUGGAAGGCCACUUGUUCUCCAUGUGUGUGCUAUCCCCAAGAAAAA